AGAGCUAAAACUACGUUUCCCAGAAUCCUGUGUCCGCCGACCCACUUCCGGAGUUCGCGGACGGCAUGGCGGCGUCCGUGGAGCACGAUUCUGCGGAAAGCAUGGAGGCGCCCCAGACGGCGGUGGGGGUGGAAGAAACGAAAACAUUUAAAGACCUGGGUGUAACAGAUGUGUUGUGUGAAGCUUGUGACCAGUUGGGAUGGACAAAGCCCACAAAGAUCCAGAUUGAAGCUAUUCCUUUGGCCUUACAAGGUCGUGAUAUCAUCGGGCUGGCAGAAACCGGCUCUGGGAAAACCGGCGCCUUUGCUCUGCCCAUUCUCAACGCAUUGUUGGAGACGCCCCAGCGUCUCUUUGCCUUAGUUCUCACCCCCACUCGGGAGCUGGCCUUUCAGAUCUCAGAGCAGUUUGAAGCCCUGGGGUCUUCGAUUGGGGUGCAGUGUGCUGUCAUUGUAGGUGGAAUUGAUUCAAUGUCCCAAUCUCUGGCCCUGGCCAAAAAACCACAUAUAGUGAUAGCAACUCCUGGCCGACUGAUUGACCACUUGGAAAAUACGAAAGGUUUCAACUUAAGAGCCCUCAAGUACUUGGUCAUGGAUGAAGCAGACCGAAUCUUGAAUAUGGAUUUUGAGACAGAGGUUGACAAGAUCCUCAAAGUGAUUCCCCGAGAUCGGAAAACAUUCCUCUUCUCUGCCACGAUGACCAAGAAGGUGCAAAAACUUCAGCGAGCGGCACUGAAGAACCCUGUGAAAUGCGCUGUCUCCUCCAAGUACCAGACGGUUGAGAAGUUGCAGCAAUAUUAUCUUUUUAUUCCUUCCAAGUUCAAGGAUACCUACCUGGUUUAUAUUCUGAACGAAUUGGCUGGGAACUCCUUUAUGAUAUUCUGCAGCACCUGUAACAACACUCAGAGGACAGCUCUGCUACUCCGAAACCUUGGAUUCACUGCCAUUCCCCUCCACGGACAGAUGAGUCAGAGCAAGCGCCUGGGAUCCCUUAAUAAAUUUAAGGCGAAGGCUCGUUCCAUUCUUCUAGCAACUGAUGUUGCAAGCCGCGGCUUGGACAUACCCCAUGUGGAUGUAGUGGUUAACUUUGACAUUCCUACCCAUUCCAAGGAUUACAUCCAUCGAGUAGGUCGGACGGCUCGAGCUGGGCGCUCUGGAAAGGCUAUUACCUUUGUCACACAGUACGACGUGGAGCUCUUCCAGCGCAUAGAGCACUUGAUUGGGAAGAAACUGCCUGUCUUUCCAACCCAGGACGACGAAGUCAUGAUGCUGACAGAACGCGUGACCGAGGCCCAGAGGUUUGCCCGAAUGGAGUUAAGGGAGCACGGAGAGAAGAAGAAGCGCUCACGGGAGGAUGCUGGGGACAAUGAUGACACGGAGGGUGCGAUCGGUGUCAGGAACAAGGUGGCUGGAGGAAAAAUGAAGAAACGGAAAGGCCAUUAAUGUCUUUUAUAAAGACUUGAUUUCUGCCUUCUGUUCUGUGGAGAGGAUUGAAGGAGAGAACGGGACCUCUUCCUCAGGCCAGUCUGUCAGCAUGUGUCCAGACGGCCCGGCUCCUCCAGUACUGGGCCCCCGUCCGUGUGUUCGAGCAUUGUUGCUGUGGGACGUUGUCACAGAGCUGAUGUCGAGACUCGGACUGGCUUUCCACUGUGGUUACUUGUUCCUGACAUGAGGAGCACGUGCUCUCCUGUCCCUUCACACAGACCUGUGCUUUUUUCAGCUGCAAAUCAAGGACUGGGCUAAUGAAGCCCUCAGCUUGUAAUUGUGAAGGAAAGGGAUGUUUAUAUCUAAAAACUGGUACUUAAGCAGUCUCAGCUUGUGUUUCAUGACUCUGAAUGGGAAAUAAAUUUAAAUAUUAUUAUAAAAAAA